UCCCGCAUCAGGAAGCUAGGCUACAGGCAUCUCCAUAGGUCUCGCGAAAUGUGCGGAAGAAGACCUCUCUUUAUGGCUCCAUGUAACGCUAUACCUCAUUUGGUUUCGCACCAUGAGGCCUCCCAUACUUUGAGCUUCUGAAACGUCACCUAGAUGACAUCCGCUUUUGCCGAUCAUCCUUCAAGUACCCGCUGGUGUAAUCACUUAUCGAGUCCAUCGUGCAAUUAUCCUUAGCGAAAGUCGAAACAGCGACUCCGGUUAGGGAAAGAGCAGCGACGUUCGAGAAUGGUAGGGAGCGGAUUCUAAGAAUCCUCCAUAACUGACCAUUCUUCGGUUAGGGAAGCCUCCUGGACAGAAGCCACAAUGGUUUCAACGGAACGCCCUUCUAAGAUGAAAGAAGCCAUGGCGGAAGGCCUUAACGAGGCCAAAGCUUGGGCCCGGAAUCGACCCGAGGUCAUUAAAGUGGCCUGCCUCGCCUUAGCUCUCUCGCUCCUAAUCUUAAUCUACGCUCCAGGAUUCUUUUUCGGGCUGCUAGUCGGCGCUUCAUCCGUGAUUGGCGGCGAGAUUCUCCUUCUGAAGCAUCUGUGGACGAAGAUUCGUCCUCCGAAGAAGGAAGGUUCGGAAGCAGGGAAUGCGCCUGUGCCAGAUGCUGUACCCGAAGACCUUUUGGAAGCAACCUCGAUUCUGAAAGAGAGCGUGGCGUGGCUCUCCCUCCGCCCGUGCGAGGCGGACGAGGGCAAGACGGGGUCGGGCAAGCUGCGCAAGAACGUGAAGCACUUCGCCCCGCUGCUGCGCCUGGCGACCCUGGAGGUGGACGAGCGGGUGCUGGUGCUGGUGGGCAAUCAGGGGGAGUCGGAGGCGAUACAGCUCGAUGGGUGUGAUGUCAAGAGCUUCUCGGAGACCAGCGGCCCGGAGAAGAGAUGGGCUCGCAAGUUCCCCAUUCGCAUCCGCCACCCUUCCCGCCCCCUCUGGAGCCAAUCAAAAGAGUUCUUCAUCUACUUUCCCAACGGCCGCGUUAAGCAGGCCUGGUGCCGAGCCUUGCGCGCCGCAGCCUUCCCCGAGGCAGACGACACCCUCUGGCAGGUUCGGGUCUCCCAAGCCUACGCCAUCUACCUGGGGAAGAUCCGAGCCUCGCGCCCGGACCUCUGGGUGAAUGUGGAGGCGACGGAUUUGGAGGGCGGGGGGAGGGAUGCGCGAGGAGCAGCAGGGGGAGGAGCAGGGGCGUUUUCUGGCGAGGAAUCAAGUGGAGAAGGCGGGUUGUGGGGGAGUUUCAGCAUGAGCUCCUGGGGCAGUGGUAGCGUCAGUGGGGGGAGCAGUUGGAACGUCCGAAGCGGCAGCUUCGGCACGGCAGGCUCGGAGGGAUCCCUGCUCCGGCCACCGAACCUGAAGGCACUGUUUCGGAAAGAUCAGUCCCUGUCACAGCAGCAGGUUCAGGUUCAGCGGCCACUGCUGCCCCUGCCAGCGCCACCGCAGGCUGCAUCCAGUCCUAGUCCUCGGCAAGUAGCACCAGGCGCAGCAGUGGGGGGACCAGCAAGUGCAGCAGCAGCAGCAGCAGCAGAACCAGCAGGAACGGGGUUGUCGCAGUUCCAGCACCAGCACCAGCACCAGCAUCAGCAUCAGCACCAGCAGCAGCAUCAGCAUCAGCACCAGCAGCAGCAUCAGCAUCAGCACCAGCAGCAGCAUCAGCAUCAGCAGCACCAUCAGCAUCAUCAUCAGCAGCAUCGGGACAUUUCCCCUCUGCAAGCUAUCCCCUCUGGCCGCCCACUUCCGCCCUCCCUAUCCACACAGUCAGACGCUGCUAGCACUGCUGCCAGUGGUUAUGGUACUGGUGGCGUGGGUGGGGGUGGCAGCAUUGGGGGCAGAGGCAGCAUUGGUGGGGGCGGCAGCGUUGGUGGGGGCGGCAGCGUUGGUGGGGGUGGCAGCAUUGGUGGGGGCGGCAGCAUUGGUGGCAGUGGUAGUGUCGGUGGCGGUGGUGCCGGUGCUGGUGUUGUUGCUGCUGCUGGUGCUGGUGGUUGGGGUGGGGGAUGGGAGGACGGGCCAGCAGGCGAGGAGAGCUCUCGCUGGGCCAUGAAGCGCAGCCACACCGACCCUUCCCUCCCUCGCCCUAAGCUCUACAGCGCUGACCCCACCAGCAGCGCUGACACCACAAGCAGCAGUAGUGACCACAGCUCUACGUCCGCUUCCUUUGGCACCAAUUCGUCUGGAAUUAGCUCGUCUGGGCUCAGGAAGCGGGGGCACGGGGACCGAGCGCAGCUGGAAGGAGUCUCAGAGGGGGGCGUUUUGCUGGCCGAUAUCCCAUUUCCACCAUCCGUGUCAGCACCAUCCGCAUCUGCACCAUCAGCAGGAGCAGCAGGAGCCGCAGCAGGAGCAGGAGCAGGAGCAGGAGCAGGAGCAGGAGCAGGAGCAGCAUGGGCGGCAGGUGCAGGGGAGGAGGGUGUGGAGGGGGAUGGGCCGGGGGUAUUUAGUGGGCCGGUGACUCAGGCAGAGGCAGCUGCCGCCGUUGCUGCCAUUGAAAUGGCACAUGGGGCACAUGGGGCACAUGGGGCACAUGAAGAACCACUAGACACGAUCUAUUCUGGAGAGCCUGCUCUUCCUCCUGAUGCUUCUGCUAGUGCACACAGUGGUGCUGCUGCUGCUGCUGGCAUUGGGGGGGGCAGUGGCGAGCCGGAGGGGGCGGUGCAGUGGGCGAAUGCGCUUCUGUGCCGGCUCUACUUCGACCUCUCGCAGGAGGACGCGCUCAGCAAGAAGCUGCAGGCCAAGUUCUCGGAGAAGCUGUCUCUGGUGAUCACGCCAUCCAUCAUGGGGCCCAUCUCCUGCACCCGCCUCUCACUGGGCCCCAUCCCUCCGCUCAUCCGCUCCAUGCGCACUGUCAACCUCGCCAUGCCAGGAGGCGACCUGGCUCUAGAUGUGGAUUUGGAGUUCAAGGGAGCAGCCAGCAUGGCCAUAGAGACGAGCAUUGACAUGCGAGAGACUCAGUUCCUCAAAAUGUGGGAAGAGCGGGACCUUUCCCGGGCAGAAAAGGACUCCGAAAGGAAGGCGGAAUACUCCGGGCAGGUGGAAAAUACUCCAUUGGGAGCAGGCAUGGAAGCGGGUAUUAGUGAAGAGUCAACGGGAGGUUCGGCAGCUGCGGGAGGAGGUUCGGAUGGAGCAGGUUCGGCCGGACCUGAGCGGCUGGUUCGACGAGGGUCGGGCAUGGGAGAGGCGUUGAUGAGUGACGAGACUGCAGCUGCUCUGGUGGGAGACUUGGAAGUUGCUGAUGAUGUGAAUAUAGAGGGCGCUGCUGCAGCUGCUGCUACAACCGCUGCUGCAGGUUCAGCCAAGGGCACACCAGCCAAGCCAGGCAGGAAGAAGAAUCUCAUCCGAGGGGUCCGCGGCAUGGUCAGCAACAUGGCCAAUAGUCUCUCCCAGGUCCCCCUGACCCUCUCCUUCAACAUCACAUCGGUUAAAGGAACACUGCGCAUCCGGGUCCCUGCCCCUCCCUCCGACCGUCUCUGGAUGUCGUUCGUUGAGAUGCCCGAGAUCGAGAUGCAAUCCCUGCCGUCCAUUGGCGAUCUCAAGCUCAAGCGCUACCCCAUGGCCACUCUCCUUAUAGAGAAGCUCAAGGCCCUAAUCAAGCGCUCUCUGGUGCAGCCGAGCUGUGUGGACGCCAAGCUGCGAUUCAUGCCCUCAGACCCCCACAACCAUGCCAACCCUGCAUGCUCCCAUUCACCUGAAACGCCAAACCCUGAGCUUUUCCCCCCGUCAACCCCUCCCCCCUCCCCCCCACAUCCCUGUCAGGCCCUAAUCAAGCGCUCUCUGGUGCAGCCGAGCUGUGUGGACGCCAAGCUGCGGUUCAUGCUCUCAGACCCCCACGACUGGUUACCGCGUCAACCCUGCAUGUUACCCUGGCGCCCCCCCGUCGAUGCCUCUGUCACCCCCCCUCCCUCCACCCUCCCCUCCUCCUCCUCUGCCUCGACAUUCUUCACUCCCUCUACCUCUCAAACCUCCCUCUCGGGCUUGGACCAGGCCUCCAAUGCUGGCUCGGAUAGCCGAGCCUCGGAUGCCCGAACCUCUGCGCUGAAAGGCUCGGGAGCAGGCUUGGAUGGGGAAGGCAGGGGUGGGGAGGCAGCAGGUGACGGAGCUUCGGAAGGGAGUUUGGGUUUUUAUCAAGGUCCCGGAAUGACUAGUGGUGAUUCUGGUGGGUUUAGCAGCAGCAGUGGUGGCGGUGCUGCUGCUGCUGCUGCUGCUGCUGCUGCUGCGAGUGGUGGGCUGGUGAGCGGAAAAGGUAUGCGGGAAGGAGCAAGGGCGUCAGUGAGGGGGUUGGUAGGCGGGAUAAUGUCCAGGAGGCACGGCACAGGGAUGAACAGCCCUGUGCUGGACCUAGUAGCAAGGCGCUCCGGCAGCGGCACAAACAGCACCGGUGUCGUCAUGGCUGCUGCUGGUGGCGGUGGUGGCAGUGGCAGCGGUGGUGCUCCUAGAUCGCCUGUGAGAGCCGUUACAGGCAUAGCCAAGGCUGCAAUGCUGUCAAGUGGGGGAGCCAGCAGUGGGGAUUCUGCUGGGGGAGGGGGGGCUGGUGGGGGAACAGGAAAAGGAGGACCUGCUGGAUCGAGCUCUCUCAGUGGCAGUGGUGUCAGUGGUACCAGUGGUGUCAGUUGUACCAGUGGUGGCAGUUGUACCUGUUGUGUCAGUUGUACCAGUGGUGUCAGUGGUGUCAGCGGCUCUAUAGUCCCCUUUAGCCCCCGCCUGUGCCCCUCGUCUCCAUUAAGGCGACUCUCCCCCUUCCAUGUGGCCACAGCCGAGCAGGACUCACAGCAACCGCAUCCGCAGCAACAACACUGGCAACAGCAGCAGCAGCAGCACCAGCUGUUGCAAGAUACCACUGGGGCCACCCCCCUAGUCCUACAAGCCAUCCCAGCAGCAGCUACUGCAGUUACAGCAGCAGCAGCAGCCGCAGCUACAGCUGCAGCCAACGCCAUGCCUGCCUCCUACACCUCGUCACCCCCCAGUAUCCCGCCGGCCUCCUACUCUACCUCCUCGCCCCUUUCCGCUCCUCUUGCCACCCCUCCUCCUGCCUUCUCCUCCACCUCCACUGCUCGCCAGCUCUACUCUGUCGCCAAGUCUCACCUCAAGAGCGCAGCGUAUGCGAUCAAGCCCUCCUCCUCCGCCUACGCUUCCUCGAAUACCCUCGCUGCCGAUGUUGCUAGGGCUACAGAUGAGUAUGUUUCGGCAGCAGCAGCUGCUGCUCCUGCCGCUGCUGGUUCUCCUGAGGUUUCGGUAAUUGGAACUGCUUCGGCAACAGAUGCAGCAGGCUCGGGGCGAGGCUCGGCUGCUGUCAACGGCACAGGUUUGAAGGCAGGCUCGGCAGAGGUACGGCUUCGGCAGGACGCCUCGCCACUCCCAGUGCUCCGUCUCUCGUCGUCGAGCUCGUCCUUGGCUACAUCUGACACACCGCCAGACUUUCUCCCUAAUUCCACUUCAUCCUCAUUAUUGCCCGAUCCGCUAGUGUUAGAGAACCCGGCCAAGCCGCAGACAAGCCACGCCACUAAGGGCAGUGAAAGCACGGAUGCUGGAGAGGAUACGAACGCAGGCAGUGGACUGGGCACGUGUAUGUUCACAGGAAGUGGUGUAAGGGGCAAUGGCCUCGGUGCUGGUGGCGUGGUUGGUUUGGGCGGUGGCAUGGGCAGUGGCAUGGGCAGUGGCAUGGGCGGUGGCAUGGGCGGUGACAUGGGCGGUGGCAUGGGCAGUGGCAUGGGCAGUGGCAUGGGCGGUGGCAUGGGCAGGGGGCGCAUGAGAGUGAGCAUGGCUGGGGAGCUUUUCGAAGGGCUUAGAAUCUCCAAGGCAUCAAGAAUGGCUGCUAGAGAGAGGAGGAGAGGCGGAAGGGGACGAGGAGGAGCAGGAGGGGGGGGUGGUGGUGGUGGUAGUGGUAGCGGUGGUGAGGUAGAUGGGGAUGCAGGCUUGGCAGAAGACACAUCAACACAGCAGCAACCUGUAAGGGGGUUCGAGGCAUUCAAGCAGAGUCUCAGCGUGCUGGGGACUGAGUGGGGGGAGAGGGGGAGUGGGAAGGAGCGGGAGAGGGAGAGGUGGGCCAGGGCAGCGUUUGCAAGAGUGACAACGAUGAGAAAGAAAGCGAGGGGGAGUUGGGACGAAACUUCUUUCGAAACCAUGGAGGAUGCAGAAGAUAUCGCAUUGGAUUCUGAGUUUGCUGGGCCUUCUGGGGUUUCAGGAGGGGUGAGGACUUCUGAAGACUAUAGCUCGGGUCUGUUUGCAGGGAGAACUGCGUUGAUGAUGAUGGGGGGGGGCGGGGGGUUUCGGGGUGUGGGCAGCAGUGUUGCAGGGGGAGGGGGUGGUGGAGGCCUGGUUGGGGGACUUCGGAAAAUUGCAAGAAGCAAGAGCGGGAAAGGCAGGGGAGAGGGAGGCACAAGGGGCGGACAGGUGGAGGUGGAUGGAGUGGGGGAGGAGGAGGGGGCGGCGCAUGAGGGGGAAGGGGGGGGAGAAACGUGGGCUGAUGCAGGGAGUUUUCCGGUGCCGAUUGUGAGGACUAGGAGCUUGGACGUGGGGGGGAAGGAGGUGCAGAAUAAGGAGGUUGUGAGAAGCCAGCUGUCGUCUCGUAGUGUGCGAGGUAUGGAGGUGAGUGGUGACAGUGGGGGAGAGAAGGCAGGUGCUGGCUCAGGUGCUGGCUCAGAUGCUGCCUCAGGUGGUAGCUCAGGUGCUGCCUCGGGUGCUGCCUCAGGUGCUGCCUCAGGUGGUACAACCAGAAAGUUAGCUUCAGCUGAUUUAGCUUUGGGGGAGGGUGGAGGAGAGGAUGGGGAGAGUGGGGAGGAGAGGGAGGACAGGUGGGGGGAGAGGAUGUUUAGGGCCAAGGAGUUUGUGGGGCGGAUUGGCAAUAGGGAGGUGCGGGAGAGGCUUGAGGACAAGGCUAAGAAGGUCUUGGGGUUUCUGCAUCGAGGGGAGAAAGGAGAGCAGUAGAAGGAUGCAUGUAUCAGGCAAUAGAAAGAGCAAAACCAAGUCGUAUUGCUUGGGGAUGAUUCAACCGCGUUCCUUGAUAUGUUCAUAUGUGCCAUGGUAUUUCUUUAAGGUUGAGGGGGUGCUUGUGUAUUGUGGUUA